AUGAUUGUCGACUAUGCAGACAAGCCAACCCAGAUCGUACUCAUCCGUACAGCAAAGGUCUUCCAUCACCUUGCUGCAAAGCGCAUAUACCACACGCUGCGCAUCAGUGACGACAUAGAAGCCGUGUUGCGCGGGUGGGACGUUGCGCCAACUGCCACUGUCCGAAAUUUCAAGGCUCCAAUCCUCGCCCACACCCAAGUUCUCACGAUUCAGAAGCACGAAUGCCCCGACUGGACACCUGACGUCAAUCCCAAGUCUCUGUUCCCAAACGUAGAGGUCACGCGCGUAGAGGGAUCGGACACAGCAAUCCAGCCCGUCAACUGGCAUCUCUACCCGAACCCGCACAAGUGUGCUUUCGCAGCAAUCAAGCGAUCGAAGAUUGUCCUGCGCAACCCACUAGACGCAGCAAUGAAGUGUGUGGGCCACUACGGGUGGGGCCGGCACUUGGAGGAAGUCGUAUACUUCAUCCCAAACUAUUCCAAGGACGAGUUUGCCCACCACGUGUGUGCCUCGGCUUACGAGGCACUGGAGGGCUCCUCUACCAAGAGGCAUGUCAAGGUAGUCUUCUAUCAUGAUUGGCAGAGACACACUCUGUCGCCCUAUGGUCGGCUCGGCAACUGGUGGCUGCGUAGGCUCGCUCCACCUCAGGACAUGGGUCAAGAUUCGCCGUGCAACGGCAUGCCACUCUGCUGGGUGGCAGCUGCCAUCGACUACAUCACCAGACAUGCCAUCAACGUCACGAUCGUCGGCCUCGAGACCAUCACCUUCUGCACACCAUGCUAUCUUCACCACGCCGGGUACGAGACCUAUCGCCGUGCUCAAGUGCGGAUGCUCUCGGAGGAAAUCGUCGACAUUUUCAACUACCGGAACGAGGAUGACGAAGGAACUCUCCGAUUCACCACGCUAAAAGAGUAUCUCGAAGAUUCUGAAUCGAGGAGCUUUGAGCUCUCCGAUACAGAGUGA